UUAUAAACUUCGCGGUUAUUGUCACUCAAAUGCAUUGAAGUGGUUGUUUCAACAAGCUGAACUUUCCACACACAGAAAGAUCUCAGACUGGAAUCGAAACCUAAUUAUUAACUCUGCAAAUUUCAUUUAAAAGACAUGGCCUUUGAUAAGAAUAUAAGUAAAAUUAUGCUUAGUGACAUUCAAUAUUUUAAAGGAUUUAUUCGUAAAAAUUCACAUAAGAUCAACGAAACAAAUUCAUGGGGUCUGACAUAUCUGAUGGCUGCUUGUCAAGCGGGAAACAUAGAUUUGAUAAAUUCCUUAAUAGAAGCCGGGUCUGAUUUAGACAUGAAGGACAGAGAUGAUUGUACAGCAUUUCAUUAUGCUGUGAGUGGCAAGCAGCAUACUGUGGUGCCGCUGAUAGCCUCCAAAGGGGCCAAUGCAGAGAAAUGCAACGCCCAGGGCAACAGUCUUCUCCAUCUGGCGGUGGAGACGGGCUGUAAAGAUGUGGUGAAAGCAGUAUUACAUGUCACUGAAAAUAAGAGUGUACAGAUCAAUAAACAAAACGUGAACGGUGACACACCUCUACUUCUGGCUUGUCACAGGGGUAACACAGAAGUCAUUCAACAACUUCUCUUGUAUAAACCUGAUGUUAAUCUGGAGAAUAAACAUAAUAACACGCCGCUACACUGGGCCUGCAGUUGGGGAUUUAAAGACAUUGUUGAACAACUCUUGCUGUUUGGUGCCGACGUCAAUAAGAAAGAUAUAUAUCACUACACACCUCUACACUGGGCCUGUGAUAGUGGACAUCUUGAAGUUGUUCAACAGCUCCUAUGGUCGAGCAAGUGCUGUUCAAAAACUUCCUUAACUAAAGCUGAUGUCAAUGCUGUGGAUUCAGACGCUGUUACAGCUCUACAUGUGGCCUGUGGACUUGGAUACGAAAAUAUUAUUAAAGAACUUCAAAUACCUGAACUUAAAGUCAAUGCGAAAGAUAUUAAAUAUGGUAACACACCUUUACACUGGGCCUGUCGCAGUGGACACAAACAAGCUGUUCAACAACUUCUGAAAUCUAAUCCUGAUGUUAAUCUAAGGAAUAUAGAGGGCAACACACCUCUACACCUGGCAGUUCUAAAACAACACUACGAUGUGGUGGCUUUGAUGCUGGCCCAGAGUCAAGUGGAAUUGGAUAUCAAGAACUGCAACAAAAUGACACCCUUGCUUCUAGCUGUCUCCGAGGGUCACCUCGGAAUGACCCACAAGCUAGUGUUACAUAAAGCUGAUAUAAAGGCGGUUGAUGCAGAUAAUAAUAACUGCCUACACCUUGCUGUGAAGAAAGGGGUAUUUCAUUCUGAGGACGAGACCGUAGAGAUUUUAGAUAAGUUCUACAAUAUGCUUAAUUUGAGCAAAAAAGAGAGGCGAUCUGGCACAAUCGUUGCUAUGUAUCUAGCCUAUUCUGGAGGACACUUUCACCAUAAAAACAAAGGUGAUGAGACCCCACUGGAUCUCAUCGAAAAUCCAGUUUUAAAGCAGAAAAUGAAAACGCUUUUACCAUCGCUAUGUCUGCUGUGUGAAGUUAACGAACCUACAGUGAAGUUCCAACCAUGUGGACACACCGUUACAUGCAAAGAUUGCUGUUUAAAAAUUCAGCGUAAAACUUGUCCAAAGUGUCAACAGAUUAUAGUUGAGAAAAGCGGAUUCGUGACUCCAAAAUCAGAGAACAAGGAAGUUCAGACACCAGCACAUCCUUCAGAAAGUAAAGUACUGCCAACUAGUAGGAUUUUAGGAAUUAAAAGUGUCCAGUUGGAAAUUAUCAAGCAUGACAAUCCUGGUAACACCGAAGUAAAGGGUUUCCAGACGCUCCGCAAAUGGUUUACAGCCUGUGAUCCUGAGAAACGCACAUUGAAAACACUCAGAGAUGCUCUUCUGGAAGCUGAGUGUUUUGAAGCACUCGAAUGUCUACCGCAAACAGAGUGAAUUUCUGUGUAGAUAUUGUUGUUUAGUCCCAGAUCAACCAAACAUAGACCUAUGAUCAAACGCAUUCCAGCCAUGACCAUCCUGUAUUUAUCCCUAACGUAGAGGAGCCAGAAACACAUUGUCCAGUGUAUUCUUCUUUAAGGUGACAAGGUGUGAUUAGUGGUGGAUUUGGCUACUACUUCUAGUAGAUCUCUCUGCCACAAAGUAAUUCCUUUACUUGUUUGGCUUCCGUGUUGUUAGAGGUUAACUUUUGGAAUAAAGAUAAACUUUGAACUGUUCA